UCAAGUGACUCAGCUUGAUUUUUUUUUUUUCAUUAUCAAGUGGCCCAAACUUACAGAGAAAAAGUGGGCUCUUGGUAUCAGUUUGAUGUCAGGGUUUUUCCAUGUUUGGAAAGGAGCUUUAAAUAUGGCUCGAUUCAAAGGUGCCUGCAGGUCGACUUCUAACCUCUUGUAAAGAUGCUGCUGUCCACUCUUCUGGCUUCUGCCCUGUUCCUCUGCUCCAUGGCUGGGAAGACGUGUUUCAGCUCGUGGGGGACCAAGGAUGUCAACUACCUCAUCCAAAAGCUGCAGGAACAUCCACCUUCCAAAUGCGAGUGCAGCGGCAAUGUGACUGAUUGUUUGUGCCUUCCCAUCCCUUCUGACGACUGCACCACACCGUGCUUCCAGGAGGGGCUGUCCCAGCUGACUGAUAAAACAGUGCAAAGCGAGUUCACACUGAGUUUCAACCGGGUGAAAAAAACGGUCGAAGACUUGCAGAGGAAAAACUGCCGAACUUUUUCCUGUGAACAGCCAUGCAACCAAACCACAACAGGCAACACGCUGACAUUUCUAAAGCGUCUCCUGGAUACUUUCCAGAAAGAAUACGGGAGAGGCAGAGUAUGA